AACCGUCUAGGUAUUAGACUUCAGAAAAAUAAUGCAAUGAAUUUCAAUCGUCAGCUAUCUGCCCAACUUAAUAUACAUUUAAUAAACUCUCGAACUAAGUUAAUUAUUUAUUAAUACUACUGGCCGACGGUUCUUGUUUUUUCCUUAUCCGAAAUCCUCUCUUAUCUAUUUUUAUUCUAAGAAAAAACUUUUUUUCCUGUUCUGAGGAUUUGCUGCUAAAUGGACCCGUCAAUCAUAAAUUUGAUAGUAUUUGGAGUUGUAUCAUGGACAACAUUAUUUUUAUUAACAAGAAAAUUGUUUCCAAAUCGUUCUUUUGAUUUUUGCAACCGUUUAGUUUCAACAGUUCAUGCAAUUUUAGCAGUAACUUUAGCUUCUAUUUCUGUUCAAGAUUGGAGUUUCCCAAUUAGUCCUUUGGCUUCAAGAUCUACUACCAAACAGAUGAGGGCAAUAGCAGUGAGUAUGGCCUACCUUAUUUAUGAUUUUGUAUGUUGUCUUUUUGACAAACAAGUGAAGAUUGAUAACUUAAUUCACCAUUUGGUGAGUGCUGUUGGACUUGGAGCUGGGCUUGCUUAUGAAUGGUGUGGUUCAGAAAUGGUAGCAGCAUUGUGGUUGACAGAAAUUUCAAGUCCAUUCCUACACCUGAGGGAGAUUCUCAAAGAGCUUGGAUACAAAGACACUGACCUUAAUCUUGCUGCUGAUGUAUUAUUUGCAGUUAUUUUCAGCAGUGCUAGGAUGAUAGGGGGGCCAUAUCUAACCUAUGUGACUCUUUCUGCUGAUAAUCCAGUCCUCAUUAAGGCCAUGGCAUUCGGACUGCAACUUGUUAGUGCUUUUUGGUUCUAUAAAAUUGCUAGGAUGAUCAUGUACAAAUUCUCUAGGAGAACUAAACCUAAAACUGUUCCUUCAAAUAUGUAAUUUUGCUGAUAAUUUGUAUCAUAGAGCAAAUCAAAUUCUUCCGUAUCAAACUUCUUAGCUUUGAGGAGAAACAAAGUCACCCUUUCCCCUAAUAGAACAAAACUACUUUCAACA